UGGCAAGAAUGCUCCAACUGUUCUGACUUCCGUGUGUGUGUGUGUCCAGGGCCUGUGGACUCUGGGACCACUGAAGAGGCCCAGUCAGCCCCGUGACCUCACUUCUCCCCAGCUCUGCCUUCCAGUACUGUGUCUCUCUCGGAAUGUGGACCCCAAAGAGGAAGGAAAAGAUGCCUGCUGUACGAGGGAAAUCCAAACCCAAGGCACCGGUGACGUUCGGGGACGUGGCCAUCUACUUCUCCAAGGAGGAGUGGGAAUGCCUGAGCCCCAAUCAGAAAGAUCUGUACGAAGAUGUCAUGAUGGAGAACUACCAGAACCUGGCCUCCAUCGGUUUUUCCUGUCGGAGGCCAAACGUGAUCACCUUACUGGAGAAAGGGGAAGCGCCCUGGAUGGCGGAGCCGCUGAGGAGACGCCAGGGCCCUGACUCAGGGUCUAAGAAGUUACCUCCAAAUCACUGCAACAAAUCUGGGCAAAGCAGCUCUCAGAAACCAGUUUCUGCACAACAGAAAGUUCCCACAGGAAAGAAGGGCUGCAACAAAAAUUCAGUCCUAAUAAAACACAAGAAAGGGCAUUCAGGGAAGAAAUCUUUAAAAUGUAAUGACUGUGGGAAAACCUUUAGUCAAACCUUGUCUCUUAAACUUCAUCAGAACACUCAUACUGGGGAACGGCCUUACGAAUGCAGUAAUUGUAGAAAAGUUUUCAGACAGGUUUCAUCCCUCAUUCUUCAUCGGAGAAUUCACAAGGGAAAGAAAAGCCAUGAAUGCGAUAAAUGUGGGAAAAGGUUCAAUCAGAGAACAACCCUAAUUCUACAUGGGAGAAUUCAUGAUAAAAAGGAAACCUAUGAGUGUCGGAGGCCCUCGAGUCAAUGCCCCUCUGUUGGUGUACACGAGAAAAUUCACAUUAUCGAGAAUGUCCACCAGUGCAAAAAAUGUGGGAAAGCCUUUAGUCAGAUGUCAUCCCUUUUACUUCACAAGAGAAUUCACAGUGGAAAGAAAAAAUAUAAAUGCAAGCAAUGCAGGAGAAGCUUCAAAAAGAAAUCAGUCUUUGUGAUACAUAAAAGAAUUCAUACUAGGGAGAAAACCCCUGAAAGUGAGAAGGCCUUAAGUAAGAGUCUACAGCAGAGGCGUUCCCAUCUACAGAAUCCUUAUAAAUGCAGAAAAUGUGGGAAAUUCUUUAAUAGAAUUUCACCCCUUAUGCUUCAUCAGAGAAUUCACACUUCAAAGAAACCCUACAAAUGUGAUAAAUGUAAGAAGAUCUUCAGGCGACUUUCAACCCUUAUUCUGCAUCUAAGAAUUCACAAUGGAAAGAAACGCUACAGAUGCAAUAAAUGUGAGAAGGUCUGUAAUCGGUAUUCAUCCCUCAUUCAACACCAGAAAGUUCAUGCAAAGAAAAAGAAACGGUUUGAGUGUAAGGAAUGUGGAAAGAUGUUUUCUGGAACUGCAAACCUUAAAAUACAUCAGAAUAUUCAUUCUGAAGACAAACCUUUCAAGUGUAAUAAAUGUAGUAAAGUUUUUGGCCGCCAGUCAUUUCUUAUUGAACAUCAGAGAAUUCAUACGGGAGAAAAACCCUAUCAGUGUGAGGAAUGUGGGAAGGCCUUCAGUCACCGAAUAUCUCUUACUCGACAUAAGAGAAUUCACACCGAAGACAGACCCUACGAAUGUGAUCAGUGUGGGAAGGCCUUCAGCCAGAGUGCACACCUUGCCCAACAUGAAAGAAUUCACACUGGAGAGAAGCCGUAUACGUGUAAAACAUGCGGGAAAGCCUUUAGUCAGCGCACAUCCCUUAUUCUACACGAAAGAAGUCAUACUGGAGAGAAACCCUAUGAAUGUAAUGAAUGUGGGAAGGCAUUUAGCAGUGGCUCCGACCUUAUCCGACAUCAGAGAAGUCAUUCUUCAGAGAAACCCUAUGAGUGUAGUAAAUGUGGGAAGGCAUACAGUCGGAGCUCCUCCCUGAUUCGACACCAGAAUACACAUUCUGAAGAAAAACCCUAAGGUUGUUUUAAAUCUAUAAAAAUGAAGAAUGAGGCUAUCAAAGAGGCAGAGGUAUGGGGAAAAUGUAUUUAUCUAUAAAAUAAAUUUUGUCUAUAUGGGACCAUUUCAUGGUGCGUCCCACUUUAAGAGACAGAAAGCAAAAGUCAUUCAUGACUUUUGACCUCAGGAUUUGAAAUUGUCCACAGCAAGUCCAGAAUAUUGGAUUAUUCAUUGUGAGUGAAGACCAUUUUUCACUUGAUAAGA